AUGGCGGAGCGGGUCUCCGAGGAGACCAGCCGGCGCACCAGGCGUGUUUUUAUCAACUGCCUUGACUCGUUCGCGUCCAAACGUAUCGCCGAGUUCUUGUCGGCUUGUGUGGUUGGAGCGUCUCCAGUUUCUGCUGGGGAGGCGGAGGAUGAGGAAGACGCUGAGCCCGCAAGGCCUCGGCUGAACAACAAAUGGGGAACCUUUCAAAUUGUUGGGACUGUUGCCAGCAAAUCCGAGAAGAGACAGUCUGUGUAUGAGGAAUAUUUUGUAAGUAGUAGGCAACCGAAAAGGGAGGACCUUCUCAACCAUCUUAUGGAUUGUGAUGUCAUCAUCUACAACAUUACCCAGCAUGCCGAUCAGGCUGAUGAGGCCUUCUGGGCAAUCACAGCUCUCCAUGAUGAGGUGGCCCGUUUCGGUGAACCAAAGAUGUUCAUCCUUAUCUCCACCAUGUUGACCUGGGCGCUCAGCAAGCCGGUUGAUCCUGAUGAUUUAGAGAUUCCUUUCACUGACGAAUACUACCGGAGGAGAAGAGCACAUCCUAACUUCAAAAAGCACAUUGACCUCGAGAAGCUGGUGGUCAAAAUGGGGAAAAAUGUUAGUAGUAAGAUGUUGUCAUCGUACGUUGUGGCAUCCGGACUUCAAUACGGGAUGGGAGAGCAAGUCUUCCACUUCUUCUUCAAGAUGUCGUGGCUGGGAGAGGAACAUGCCAUACCAGUCUUCGGAGAGGGGACCAACGUCAUCCCCACCAUUCACAUCAAUGAUUUGGCCAGCGUCAUUCAGAAUGUGAUCGACCGUAAGCCAAAGCCUUCGUACCUGCUGGCCGUGGAUAAUUCCAACAGCACCUUGGAGGACAUUGUGAAGACUAUAUCCCGUGUGCUUGGGCCAGGGAAGAUCCAGAGAGUUCCUGAAGAGGACGCCUUCCUCACACAGGACUUGACUCAAAUGGAAAUUGACUCCAUGUUGCUCAACCUGCGUACGGAGGCCGUCCACAUCAAAGAGUUGUUCACACUCCGCUGGGUGUGUGAAACGGGCCUGGUGGAGAACAUGGAGCUGGUGGUGCAGGAGUACAGGCAGACCAGGGGACUUGUGCCUAUCCGCCUGUUCAUAUUUGGCCCUCCUGCAGUGGGGAAAAGCACAGUGACUGAGAAGCUCUGUAAACACUACAAGCUGCACCACAUCAAACUGAAGGAGACCAUCUUCGAGACCAUCUCUCACCUGGGAGCUGUUGUAAUGAAUGAGGACCCUGAGGCAGAGUACGAACACUCGGCAGCUGAAGCCCAGGAGCUCCUCGCCACCCUGAACGACAGCAUGGAACACAAUGGCGGGUAUUUGGAAGACCAAUUUGUGAUCAGAGUAAUGAAGGACAAACUAAAGUCCAUACCAUGCAGGAACCAGGGCUUUGUGCUGGAUGCCUUUCCUAAGACCUAUGAGCAGGCCAAGGCGCUCUUCUGUGAUGAAGAGGAUGAAUCAGAGGAUGCAAAGUCCAAGAUCCCUCCCCACAACAAACACAUUAUCCCAGACUUCGCAUUCUGCCUGGACGCCACAGAUGCCGUCCUGAAGGAGAGGGUGCUGAACCUCCCUGAGAGGCUGGUGGAGGGAACCUCCUACUCCCAGGACCGGUUCCUUCAGUGCCUGGCCAACUACAGGGAGAACAACACAGAGGAGGAUACCGUGCUCAACUACUUUGAUGAGCUCGCCAUCGUCCCUCAGCAUAUAGAGAUCACCAGCAGUGACGACUCAGACUACCUGCUGGUGAUGGAGAGGAUCACCCAGGUGGUUGGUCAGCCCAGAAACUAUGGCCCCUCGAGCCAGGAGCUAGAGGAGGAGAGGAGAAGAGCUGAUGACAGGAUUAGGAGGGAGGAGCAAGAGAAAGCCGAAGAGGCGAGGAAGGAGACUGAGGAGGCUGCACACAGCGCUGCACACUGGGAGGAGUGGAGUAAGCACCUAGAGGAGGUGAAAAGGCAAGAGGAAAAACUUUUGGAGGAGCAGUCCCUCCCUCUGAGAAACUACAUGAUGAAAAAUGUCAUGCCGACUCUUACGCAGGGUCUAAUCCAGUGCUGCAGCACCCGCCCAGAGGACCCGCUGGAUUUCCUGGCCGAGUACCUCUUUAAGAACAACCCCCUAAAUGAGUGAUAUUUUGGCAAAA